UUGCAUUGAGCACAAGAGGAUUGUUUUGGGGAUUAUGUUGACACCACCACCGGGGGGGGGGGGGGGGGGUGUUGAUCAAUUGUAGCAGGGCAACGGUGUUAUCCGCAUGUUUCCUGCACGUUGGUUGAAAUUAAAGCGAGACAGGAUGUCUCAAUUGACCGGUUCGGGUAGGAAGUAUACCUGCCGGACGGAGUCAGUAGUAAUAGUACUUUGUAUCCCGAUCGCUCCUGGCGAUCUAGUGCACGGCAAUCACGACCACAACCUGGACUGUGUGAAAGGGAAGCCUGAAAUGAGCCAGCCGGGGAGGGAUGGAGAGAAGCGAAGCAAUAAAAAGCAGCAGCGGGCAGUGAGCGUCACUUGACUGCCAGGUCAAACUGCAGUUGACGUGCAUGG